UGAACGGCGAAUGUUCAUGGACGGUGUUUGCUUGCGAAAUUAUUAAGAUUGUGUUUAUACAACAAAAUGAAUCAAACUCUAAAUGUGGACCAGCUGAAUUCGGCUCUUAAUUCGCUUCGGACGUUACGAUCAAGCGUUAGCCAUGUUUUCGAAACGCUAUCAAAUGGCUUACGUGCGGACCACGGCGAAGAUGGUAAAGAUAAAUUCCUUUUGGAGCUGCAAGAACUUCUAAACAAUGUAAAUAUUAACCUGAGGGAUUUAGAUCAGACUGUAAACAGUCUCCCGGUGCCUACAACGCUCACAUUAAAUUUGGGGAACACGACAUACCUCAGCCAAGAAACUACGCAAGAGCGUCAAGCGUACUACACGCAGUUAGUCAACAGCUACAAAUGGACUGACAAAGUGCACGAGUACAGUUCCUUCGCCCACACAUUGUUAAGCCAGAACUCUCUGAAACGUUCGUACAUAAACUCCGGCAACACUAAGAGACGCGGCAAACUACAAAGCAACCACAAUGUAGCGCCAGUCCAGGUCGAUCAAGUCAUUAAUAACAUCGAUAGAUCCUACAAUGACAUGAAAAUAACUAUCUCCCGCCCAUUUGCGAGCAACGCUGUUGUUCAAAUCAAUUUGAGUCAUGUUUUAAAAGCUGUUGUUGCCUUUAAAGGACUGCUUAUGGAAUGGGUGAUGGUGAAAGGGUAUGGUGAAACUCUAGAUCUGUGGACGGAAUCUCGACACCAUGUCUUUAGGAAGGUAACAGAGAACGCUCAUGCAGCUAUGCUUCAUUUUUACUCUCCAACGCUACCGGACUUAGCAGUACGCUCAUUCAUGACAUGGUUGCAUAGUUACGUGAACCUGUUUAGUGAGCCUUGUAAGAGAUGCUCGUGCCACCUGCACCACACGUCGCUGCUGCCACCGGCGUGGCGCGACUUCCGCACGCUGGAACCGUUCCACGAUGAAUGCAAACAAUAGUCUUUAUGGUAUUGAACGAGAGAGUUGGGAAAAGACUUGUGUUAUGUGAACUCUCGUUCAAUAUAAGAAUAUCUAAAGUGUAAUGAGGGGACUGUGUAACUACCAGCUGGAUUGUGAUUAUACUGUUCCAGUUCAUAACACUGAACUUUGAAGUUUGAACAGUGAAUGAACCAAUUUAUUAAUUGAUGUGUCAAUGGACAUUGUCUUUAACACAUCUUUAUAUUGUUGUUAUAAGUAAAUAGUAUGUAAUUUCAUAAUAUUUGCUAAGUAACAGUUAAUAAGAAAGUGACAUUUGGAAUUAUCUGUAAAAUUAUACAAAUUUUAAUGCAUAGUAUUAAUUUGAAAAUUUGAAUUAAUUAGAGAUAAUUAAGAAUAUCAUAAGAUCAAUGUGGCCAAAUCCGUCUGAGGAAUUGUGUACACAAGACUACUUUUCUUAUUUUUUUCAACAGCAGGCAAUAGUGCACACUGAACACCUACUUUUGACUGCUGAUAUUAAAAGCAAUUGCUUUGUCAAUGAAGAUAACUAUCAUGUAUUAUUAUUUUGAAAAACACUCAUGUAUGAUUUUUUUUUUUUGCCACAUUGUCUAGGAAUAUUAUGAAAUGUAUAUUUUACAAAUUAUUCUGAAUAAUCUCUGAUUAAAGAUUAAGAAGAAUUAUCAAAUACAUGUUAUUGAUAAAAUAAGUAAAAAAAAAAAAAACUUUUGCUCUUGUACAUAUAUGUGUUUUCAUCAUUGAACUAUGGGGCUAUUCAUAAAUUACGUCAUUUCAAAUUAGGGG